AUGAGUGUUGGAUUAAGUCUAAAAAGAUAUCAAUCUUUCCACUUCAGUCCUAGUUCCAAAGACAUUUACAAGCCUAAUUUCAUAUUUUCUUCUGACAUCCCCGAAGUUAUCAACAAAUUAAUCGAUGUUAAUGAUCAAAUAACUGACAGUCAAUUUGACUUAACAGACCAUUUGAAUAUUGAAUUCACUAUCAAUGUUGAAUUAAAUAUGUUAAUGAAUAGGAACAAAGACUUGAAACCUUCGGAUUUAAUCAAAGACAAUUUAAUAUUCCUUGCAAAACUGGAUGAGUCGGUGAUACCCUUGAAUUUUUUAAAUCACUUGAUAUUACCUGAAGAUAGAAAAAUCAACAUCCAUCCUAAGAAAAUUAUAAACAAUGAAAUAUUCAUUGUUACAUUGACAUUGAAAGUUUUAAAGCUAUUGAUAAACAAUCUGAUGAUACAAACAAUUGAAUUUUUGAAAGAUGAAAACUUUAGUAUACUAUUACUUUGUGAUUGUUCAUUAAUUGAUAAUAUUGAAGAGUACAUUAAAAAGAUAUUCGUACUUGAGACAUUAAAAACUAAACCUUGUUUGAUUGAUUCCAAUUCAACAGUGGUUGAGAAUGAUUUGAAUCAUGAAAUAGGGGAGAUAAAUGAAGCUACUGAAACUACUAUUGAGGUACUGGAAAAUGAUAUGAAUGUAAAUUAUGACGAUUUGAAUGAUACUUCUAUAGACUUCAUGUUCUUGAAGAAUGAAAAGACUAUUGAAGAUGAUACUGAAACUUUAGUUGGUAAGCAAUCAAUCAAAUUUCCUAAUUUAUUCAAGUAUAAUCCAUUUUCUACAGAACAAGAUAAUAGUGAAAAUUUUAUUAAGAAUGUGAACAACCUAAGGCAUAAUUUUCAUGAAAUUGAUGAAAUUGAUGAAGGGGAAGAACAAUUUGAGAUCAAUUCAGAUAAUGAAGAGAAUGAAGAACAUGAAAUUCAUAUUGAUGAUGUACCUGAAUCACCUAAAAACUAUAAAAAUGCCAAUUUCCCUGCAAAUAUCAAAUUAAAGCCCUCGAAGACUGAAAUGAAACCAAUUGAAGAAUCUGAGGAUGUUUUACCUCGUAAACUGUCGAAAUCAUUCAAUUUACCUUCAAGAAAUAUGAUCAAAUCUCCUUCUUUUACUAUUGAUCAGAACGAAUUAGAUAGUUUUGAUUAUAGUGGACCUUCUUAUAUUAAAGGGGACAAGAAGUUCAAGUACAUAAAAGUUGGUAAGGUUCAAAAAUUCGUGAAUCUUUUUGAAGAAAGAGUUCACGAAGAGUCUGAAUCUAGAUCUUCAAGUAGACCGGUAAGUAGAUCUGUGAGUAGAUCUGUCAGUCGAGCUACAAGUCCUUCAAGAAGUUAUGCCUUUUAA